AUUAGUGCACGCCCCUCCCUCCCCCUGAACGCGGAAGUGGAUGCUGAUGAUGUGCCGCCACACGCAGCUGCUCGCUGGGAAUGUCGGAGCUGCACCAAACUACUCGUCUUCACUUCAUUGCGGACGCGUUGUGAGGGAACAUUUGGAUUAACCGACAUUUAACCGACAGGCAGCCCGCGGACGACGGUAUCUAUUUCCCUGUCAGUCGGUGGUCCGCACGGAGGGACGCUGUUCGUGAUGCGCCUGUGAUACGGCUGUCUGCUUUUUGAUACCGUCCGACUUAAAGAAUCAUCUGUGUAGCACGGGAGCAGCAAAGUGGUGGCGUGGAACGCUGUAAGCAGGAAGUGAAUGUUCGUAGUAGGGUAUCCAAGCGCGGCGUUGCAGUUGAAAACCAUCAUGCCCGUUGCUGUGGCGUCGGGACAGGAAGCGAGUGUGUGAGCCUCCCUGGUCGGUUGUGCUGGGAUGAACAUGCCACUGCAUCAAAUCUCUGUCAUCCCCCGCGAUGUCACCUCGUCGCGGGUGUCUGGCAGCGGAAAAUCCAAGGACAAGGACAAGCAGAAUGAAAAACCUCUCGGUCAUUCAGCAAGCAGAUCCAGCAAUAUAUCAAAGGCGGGAAGUCCGACCUCCGUGAACGCUCCAUGUAGCUUCUCAAGAACGUCUGUGUCUCCCUCCAGCCAGGACAUCUGCAGCAGUCCCGAUCAAGGGUGCCAGAAGCAGACCACUGUUGUUCUCUUGGCUCCUAACGGUAAAAACUCGGAAGGUUCUGGAGGUGUUACAGUGACCACCGUCUGCGCAGACUCUCCGCCCGCCCCCAAACAGCGAGACUGGCUCUCACUUCUGCGCCCAACCUCGGUCAACAUUCGCCCUUACGGUUCGCUGCGCUUCUCGGUAUCGCUCAAUGACGUGGGCCAGCGUGUGGACAGCCUUUAUCGUGGUCUACACUUUAUUGAUCGCACCUGCUCUGAGGGGGAGCUGGAGCUGAAGCCCACGCCCGCCCAGCCUGGGGCCUCCGAUCCGAGGGCAGUGGACACUCUAAUAAAAGGAACACAGAGCACGGACAUCUUAACACAGCCCCACCUGGUCCCCUCUUUUACCAACAACUACAAAUACACGUUGGGCCUCCCCCUUAAUACCCACCACCCUACAGAUAACGCCCUACCAGUCCUUCAUGCUCCUCCCCUUCCUCCGCCCCCUCACCAACCCCAUCACUCUCCAAGCUCCAACUUCCUCCGUCUGCUCCUCCCAUUCUCCCGAUCCUCAACCUCGGCCAGCCUGCAGUGUUCCGAGCUGGACGGCUACGCUUCUCACCAUCGCGUCAACAAGUCCUCCAGCGCCAUCUUGGAAGGCAGCGAGUUGGAGUUUGCGCCCGAGGAGCUGCUGGCGGACGAGGUGCUCGCGGGGAACCGGUGCACUCGGUCUCCAGGGGUAAAGAGCACGGCGGAUAAGACCGCCGCUGAUCUGGCCCCCCUGUGCUACAUGGAUGAGGACAGCGACCUGGACCGCUGCCCUUCUCCUUUGUCAGGGAAAACUGAACCCCAGUCCCCCUAUUCGCUGUCUGGCGACUGCUGCAGGAUCUGUCACUGCGAAGGCGACGACGAGAGUCCUCUGAUCACGCCGUGUCACUGCACGGGCAGCCUGCGCUUUGUGCACCAGUCAUGUCUGCAGCAGUGGAUCAAGAGCUCGGACACUCGCUGCUGUGAGCUCUGCAAGUACGAGUUUAUCAUGGAGACCAAGCUGAAGCCUCUACGCAAGUGGGAGAAGCUUCAGAUGACAGCGAGCGAGAGGAGGAAGAUCAUGUGCUCGGUCACCUUCCACGUCAUCGCCAUCACAUGCGUGGUUUGGUCGCUCUACGUGCUCAUCGACAGGACGGCGGAUGAAAUCAAACAAGCCCGGAGUAUCCCAGGCAUCAUGGAGUGGCCCUUCUGGACCAAACUGGUGGUGGUGGCCAUCGGCUUCACGGGCGGACUGGUGUUCAUGUACGUGCAGUGCAAAGUCUACAUCCACCUAUGGAGGAGACUCAAGGCCUACAACCGCGUCAUCUACGUCCAGAACCGUCCGGACUCGUGUAAAAAACUGGCGCUGGAGAAGCCCCCCCUCUUGGAGCCCAGCGUGGACAGCAAGGAGACUGUGGCCCCCGCCCUGUCGGAGACAAACUCCUCCCACUAUACGGAGACGGACGACUACAGUAUGGAGGUGCUCCAUGUGUGAGCUGGAUGUCCUGGAGAGAAGCUGGGACUUUUUUCAUGAGUCCUAGUUCUGGACCAGACCUGUUGUGGAACUGGACUCCGGUCCAUCUUUAGCCCCGCCCACCCACCUGACACACAAACUGAGCUGCAUUUACGCACUUUUCUUUUUUAGCUUGCAAAAAGCCUCUUUUCUUCGUCGUCUUACUCGGACGGGCUUUUAUUUCCCCAAAUCUCACGGACGACGUUGGAAGGAGAAGCUUUUGAACAUGAAUUCACAAUUUUAUUUGUAUUUUGUGGGGCUCAAGCACAUAGCGUCUUGCACAUGUGGACGGAAAUCCACGUAUUUAUUUAACCCGACACACACUUUCUGAAGGCUUUGAGAAUGUGACAAAUACGUUUUACUGUUAUCAAGACGUUACAUUGACAUGACAACAAAGUAUCACCUGCAGGAUAUUUUUACAGCUGUAAAAAAAAAACAAAAAAACAUGAUUCCACACUGGCACAGCCUUAAAUAUUCCAACCAAGCAAUUUUCAUGCUGUAAAAAUAUCCUCCAUAUUAUUUGCUGUCACCUAAACAUGUACCGCCAUAUUCCCUGUGCAGUUUUUUCAAGGAGAAAUCCACCGCUGCCUUGCCCGACGGUCCCCCUGCUACGUCUGCCCUGUGUCCUCACACCUCACAAUAAAGCGUUCCUCAUCUUAGUCCAUCGAGGUAAGCAGCAUUUGUGUCACCAGAGCUCGUCGGAAAACAAAAUGUUUUGAGAUGUGUAGCGAAGCAUUUUAAAAAAAAUACACUUCUGAUGCACACAAACCAGUCAAAUGUUUAGAUACACCUCCUUGUUCAGUACCUUUCAGUUGUUACACUGGAGGUGACUGGAGGAAAAGCAUGUAAGAAAAUACAUAUUUUGAGAUGUGUAGUGAAGCCUUUUUCCAAAAACAUUUACCUAUCUGAUACACACAAACCAGUCAAAUUUUAGAGACAUCUUAUUCAAUAUGAUUUAAUUGACCUACAUUAGGAAGAAAAGCAUGUAAUAAAACUAAUAUUUUAAGAUGUGUAGUAAAGCCUUUUUCAAAAAAAAAAAAAAUUGCCCAUCUGAUACACACAAACCAGUCAAAUUUUAGAGACACCUUCUUAUUCAAUAGCCUUCAAUUGGCCUACACGAGGAGGAAAAGCAUGUAAGAAAACAAAUAUUUUGAGAUGUGUAGUGAAGCCUUUUUCCAAAAAUAUUUACACAUCUGAUACACACAAACCAGUCAAAUGUUUAGAGACACCUUCUUAUUCAAUAUGAUUUAAUUGACCUACACUAGGACGAAAAGUAUAUAAUAAAACUAAUAUUUUGAGAUGUGUAGUGAAGCCUUUAAAAAAAAAAAAAAUUUACACAUCUGAUACACACGAACCAGUCAAAUGUUUAGAGACACAUUCUUAUUCAAUAUGAUUUAAUUGACCUACACUAGGAGGGAAAACAUGUAAUAAAACUAAUAUUUUGAGAUGUGUAGUAAAGCCUUUUUCAAAAAAAUAUUUACACAUCUGAUACACACAAACCAGUCAAAUGUUUAGAGACACCUUCUUAUUCAAUAUGAUUUAAUUGACCUACACUAGGAGGAAAAGCAUGUAAUAAAACAAAUAUUUUGAGAUGUGUAGUGAAGCCUUUUUCAAAAAAAAUAUUUACACAUCUGAUACACACGAACCAGUCAAAUUUUAGAGACACCUUCUUAUUCAAUAUGAUUUAAUUGACCUACACUAGGAGGAACAGUAUGUAAUGAAACUAAUAUUUUGAGAUGUGUAGUGAAGCCUUUUUCAGAAAAAAUAUUUACACAUCUGAUACACACGAACCAGUCAAAUGUUUAGAGACACCUUCUUAUUCAAUAGCCUUUAAUUGACCUGCACCAGGAGGAAAAGCAUGUAAUAAAACUAUUUUGAGAUGUGUAGUGAAGCCUUUUUCCAAAAAUAUUUACACAUCUGAUACACACGAACCAGUCAAAUGUUUAGAGACACCUUCUUAUUCAAUAUGAUUUAAUUGACCUACACUAGGACGAAAAGUAUAUAAUACAACUAAUAUUUUGAGAUGUGUAGUGAAGCCUUUAAAAAAAAAAAAUAUUUACACAUCUGAUACACACGAACCAGUCAAAUUUUAGAGACACCUUCUUAUUCAAUAUGAUUUAAUUGACCUAAACUAGGAGGAAAAACAUGUAAUAAAACUAAUAUUUUGAGAUGUGUAGUAAAGCCUUUUUCAAAAAAAUAUUUACACAUCUGAUACACACGAACCAGUCAAAUUUUAGAGACACCUUAUUCAAUAUGAUUUAAUUGACCUACACUAGGAGGAAAAACAUGUAAUAAAACUAAUAUUUUGAGAUGUGUAGUAAAGCCUUUUUCAAAAAAAUAUUUACACAUCUGAUACACACAAACCAGUCAAAUUUUAGUGACACCUUCUUAUUCAAUAUGAUUUAAUUGACCUACACUAGGAGGAAAAGCAUGUGAUAAAACUAAUAUUUUGAGAUGUGUAGUGAAGCCUUUUUCAAAAAAAAUAUUUACACAUCUGAUACACACAAACCAUUCAAAUGUUAAGAGACACCUUCUUAUUCAAUAGCCUUCAGUUGACCUACACUAGAGGUGACUGGAGAAAAAGCAUGUAAGAAAACAAAUAUUUUGAGAUGUGUAGUGAAGCCCUUUUUUCACGUUUUUUUUUACACUUCCAAUACACACAAACCAUUGAAACGUUUAGAGACACCUUUUUAUUCAAAAACGUACAGUUGACCUACACUAGAGGUGGCUGGAGGAGAAGCAUGUAAGAAAACAAAACAAUAUUUUGAUAUGUGUAGUGAAGCCUUUUAAAAACAUAUUUACACUUCUGAUACACCCAAAACAGUCUAAAGUUCAGCAUCCCUUUUUCAUUCAAUAGCAUUCAGUUGACCUACACUAGUGGUGACUAAAGGAAAAGCACAUAGAAAAACAAACAAUAUUUUUGAGAUGUAUAGCAAAGCCUUUAUAGAAAAGUACACUUAAUACACACAAAUCAGUAAAAUUUUUGAAAAAACCUUCUCAUUCAAUAGCAUUCAGUUGACUUAAACUAGAGGAAAAGCAGUUAGAAAAACAACAAAUAUUUUGGGAUGUGUAGCGAAGCCUUUCUGAUGCACAUACCCGUCAAAAGUUUAGCAACACUUUCUCAUUCAAUUGACCUACACUAGGGUGACUAGAGGAAAAGCAUGGAGGAAAACAAAAAAUAUUUUGAGAUGUGUAGCGAAGCCUCUUUUU